AUGUACCUAUGGAAACCAUCAAAUGCAGUUCACAAACAAAUAUCUUUUUCCCCUUUUAAUUUGAAUUUAGAUUUCAAUUAUUUUUGUUAUCUAGAUGGUUUUGGGUACGACCCCUCAACAGAUGACUACUUGGUGGUUUCAAUGUCCUAUAAUCCAGCCUUAGCUCAUAUUUCACCGCAUUUAGAAUUUUUCUCAUUGAGAGCUAAUACAUGGAAAGAAACUGAGGGUACUUACUUCCCUUAUAUGAAUGCGUCUGAUAAUCCCCGAGUAUGGUCUCUUUUUAAUGGGGCUAUUCAUUGGUUGGCUUUUAAUAGUGAUACAUCAAUGAAUUUUAUUAUUGCCUUUGAUUUAGCCGAAAGGAAACUUCUACAGAUGUCUAUCCCGAUGUCGGGUGGUUUUGACAUCGAUCCUAAAUUUUGUGAUUUGUGGGUAUUUGGAGAAUUUCUCAGUCUAUGGUCUAUGAAAAAUGAUACGGUUGAAAUAUGGGUUAUCAAAGAAUACAAAGUCCAUUCGUCAUGA